AUGCCCGCCCUCCCAUUUUCCAGCUCUUUACUUGUUCAGGCGCCGGUCGCCAUUUCUUCUGACAUAGGGGACCGGUGUCAUGACAUCGACGGUUGUCGUACGGUCAUACAAAUUCUUCUGAGCUGCAUCUCCACCGUCAUCCUCUCCACUUACUCCUCCGUUCAUCCGAAUGUCCCUCCCACUCGAAGAGACCAACGGGAGAAAUCUUUCUGGAAAGAACACCGGCAGUGGAGCAAGCAAAAUUUCGCGAAUUUCAAACCCAAAUUCGUCAUGUUCCUUGUCGCUCUCGUGGCGCCAGAGUUGAUUUUUGGUCUUGCUUAUCGACAAUACGCGAGUGUAAAACAGCUAAUGAAAGAUUUCAAACUGAAGAAAUCUCAUGCGUGGCUCUUAGUAAUGGGUGGUUUUGCGACGUCAGAGGGCCACCCUCUCUUCCGUCAAUCGGAUGUGAUGGCAUAUCGCGAAGCAAUGGAGCGACAAACACCGGUCGAAAUCAAGGACAAAAGCAAAGCGGACCUUCUUUCGAAGCUUUUGGCUCUGGCUCAACUACUGUGGUUUGUACUACAGAUUAUGAUGCGGGUUGCCACUGGCCUUCCGCUGUCGGAACUGGAAAUCGCGACUGUCGCCUUUGCCUUCAUUCCUCUUUGCACGUGGUGGUUUUGGAAGGAUAAGCCGAAAGAUGUUGGUGAGGCGAUUCGACUGGACAUUGAGCCAGGGAAAGAAUUGGGUCUGAAGCAGUUGGGCAAUCAAGUCGUCCGAACUAGUAGUCAAAGUCCACUUGUCGUUGAGGUUAAAGCAGAAUUGGAUGCAAGCGAUAGUGACAGCGAUACAGUCGUGUCCACCUCGGACGCUAUGAGUGGUGAACCAGACGAUCCUCCCAGAUCUGUUCCCGGGUAUAAGAUGGAAGAACCCGGCAAUGGUCUCCAACACCAAACAUCUUUAUGUCGCAGUGGUACAGAUACCACGCUGGUCGAGUCCGAGGUUGGGAAUGACGGUUGCGAAACUCGCCACACUGAGAAGCCUAAGUCAGAAUACGGCCUACUCGCCCACCAAUCGUGGUCCCAACAAUUGGGGGUACUUCUGACCGCAACGAUCUUCGGGACCUACCCAAAAACACCCGAAAUGAAACAACGAACGGCCGUGCCCAUAUUUUGGCCAGGACCAUGGCCAAAAAACAAGUCCGGAGUCUCCGCUACCCCCUUGCAAGCCCUUGCGUUACAAUUCCUGAUCUCCCUUUUAUUUGGCGCCAUACACCUCCUAGCGUGGGACCUCCACUUCCCUUCGGUCAUCGAGCUCUGGAUGUGGCGGGCGAGUGCUACAGCCAUCAUCAUCAUCCCAUUAUUUGGUCUCAUUCUCGCAAUGGCUUCCUCCGGGCUGAAGAACGGUGCACUGCGUACAGCCGUCAUGUCGACCAACCAUGUUUUGGCCGUAGUCUAUAUCCUCGCCCGCAUGACUCUACUCGCGCUUCCGUUUACCACCCUCCGCAAUCUCCCGUCUGGGGUAUAUGUCGACUUUUCGUGGAGCUCCUUCAUUCCCCAUAUAUAA